AUGUUAAUUGAUGAAUCUGAUGAAGAAAUUCCUGAGAUGAAUGUUGAAAAUGAACAAGAGACGACUGGUGCUGAAAAUAUUGUAAUUGAGACAGAUUUGUUUACAACAGAAGCGUAUUUUGUUGAUAAUGUUGUGGAAACGGUGAUUGAUGCAAAAGAACGUGAAAGACGAAUGAGAGAAGAGGUAGAACAUGAGAAAUUGAUUAGAAAAAGGAAGAGGGAAGAGAAAGAAGAUGCUCCUUAUGUACCUUCUCCAGAGCAUGUUUCAGUGUCACAAUCUUCUCCGAAGGUGUUGAAAUUGGAAAAGAGAAUUGAUGAUGUGAUAGCAGAAAAUAAAAAGUUAGCGGCUGAAUGCAAAAAGAUUGCUGAUAGAGAAAAGACUCUUGCUGGUAGGGUGCAGAGGUUGGAAGGUGAAAACAAAGUGUUGACAUUGAAAAUUGAAGUUGAUCAGACGGAAAUCGACGUUCUGAAAGUUCGAGUGUCUGAAUUAGAAGAAGAGAAGAAUCGUCGAGAGAGUGAAAAUGAAUACUAUAAGUUGAAGAAUAAAGAGCUUAUGGCUGCUAAAGCGCUACAUGAACGUAAGUUCUACAUGCUGAAUAGAGUUGUGGAAAGCAUGUUAGAAACAUCAGUGGAACAGAAAUAUGAAGAGUUGAAGCUAGAAGAUCUUCGUGCAGAACGUAAAGCAGAAUUAGAAAGGCAGGUGAAAGAUAAGGGUAAAGGAGUGGAAGGAAGUUCUGAUAUGUCUAUUGUACCGUCAAUGGUGAUAGAAAAUCCUGAGCCUAUAUCUUCAGUUCCUGGGGUAUUCGAAGAAGAAACUCCAACGCCUAAAUUAAUUGGUGGCGAAGAUGAAGAGGAUGAUGAAGAUGAUAAUGAGGAUGAGGUUGUUUAUUCUGUGAGCAGUCACAGUUCUAAAGGUGAUGAUGAUGAUGACGCUGCAGGAGGCUCAGGUGUUAGAGUGACUGAAGCCUCAAAUGAAAAAGUCGUUGAAGAUCUGCUAAACGACACAAUCAAUGAAGAAAGUGGUGAAACUGAAGGUAAGGGGGAGUCGAGUAAGACACAGAUUGUAGAGCAUCAUGAGCCUUUGUUUAUGAGUCUAGAUGCGUAUAAAGAGAUGCUUAAAGAUGUAAACCCUGAAAUUCCCUUCGACUUCGAAGAGGACUUAGAAUCAGUUGAGGUUGAAGAAUGUUCAGAUAAUGAAGAGGUUCCUGAAGAUACUUCGAAACUUCCAACAUUAAUGGAGUUCUUUGCUGCUGAGAAUAGAGAUGAAUUACGUCAGAAAGUGACUGAAGCGGUGAAUGAUAAUGUGUUUGAAUGUUUGAGGAAAGAAGCUGAGCAGGAAGGCCAAUCUAAUGUUGAUAAAGAAGGUCAAUCGAAUGCUGAAGAAAUUGAUCGUUCUAAAUGGUUUAAAGUUUCUCAUGAAAGAAAAUUCAAGAGGCCGCUGAAGUUCUUCCAACGAGAUCGAAAUGUUUCGCUUGGCGAUAUUAUUAGUUGGGGUUUUCUUCCGCAAGUUAACGCUUACGCUAUUCGAAGAGAAUAUGGCGUCCAGUAUUUUGCACGUUUAUAUGAUAUAAUGUCAUUACCGUGGUGGGACGUUGAUGAAUUAGCAAAGGUGAGAGUCUUGGAGUACAAGGUGAGACAGAAUGAUAUCGCGAUGUGGGGCUACAUCAAGUAUGAACAAUUGAAGCCAUUUCGAAAGUGGAAGCCUCAUCGUCCAAAGCGUGUUCAAAGAAUUGAUCCAGAAACUGGAGCUGUAGAAUUUAUUCUGAAUGUGAAGCCUCCACGUACAAUGAAGACAAUUCCAAUGCCAGAAAUGGAGCAGGAUUUUUAUAAAGGCUUUAUUGAUUGGGUGUACAGUUGCAGAACGACUGAAGCAAUAAUCACAUACAGAGUUGGUGGAGAACUGAGGGAUAUUCAUGUUUACGACCCAAUGUGGUUAGUUAAUUGUUCAGCGAAAGACAUUGAAUGUCUAUUCAUUCACAAGAUUCGCUACUCUCCAGCAGAUAAAGAGCAAGCUCUUCAGUUCCAACGUGUUGUAUCUCUGUGUGUUCAGAAAGGAAUCAACUCUGAAAACAAGUGGAAAUCUUCGUGGUGGUCUUUAGAAGAGAAGAUGAGGAAGAAAUCAAAGCGUGAACGUGAACGUGAGAAUCAAAAGAUGGAAGAAAAUAGAGGAAAGUUUAUGAAGCAACAAGAGAAGGAAGAGAAAGCGAGGAAGAAAGAGAAUGAGAAGAUCAGGGUUGCUCUGAGUAGAAAGCCAAAACCAAAGGAAGAGAAAUUCAAAGCUAUCUGA